AUGGAGAUGUCUUCUUUAACAUCGGUGUCACUCAGCGGGACUUUUCUGUCACUCUGUGUCCUCGUGUCUUCCUCUGACGUCCAAGUAAACAAAAAAGCUGAACCUGGAGCCACUGUCACUCUGCCAUGCCGAGCUCCCAGCAGCACAAACAUCAUAGUUGUAGAGUGGUCCAGACCUGAACUGGAGACAGAAUAUGUCUUCAUGUUCCGGGACGGGCGUUCUGUUCCUGAACACCAGCAUCCAUCUUUUCAGAACCGGGUGGACCUGAACGACAGACAGAUGAAGGACGGUGACGUGUCCAUAAAACUGAAGAAUGUGACGAGUAAUGACACAGGAACAUAUGAGUGUCGAGUCUUCCAGAGAAGAACAAACCACAGGAAGAGAGCAAAUUUAAAGACUGAGCGCAUCAGCACCAUCUACCUGGAUGUUCAUCAGUCAGGUCACACAGCUGGACACGACGAGGGUGGAGGAAACAAGGAUGGAGGAGAAACGGGUGGAAACAGCAGGGAACGUUUUGGACUGGUUGCUGGUUUUUCAGUUUUUGUGGCUGUUGGUUUUGUUGGUGGAAACUUUCAGUGUGAAGCAGCAGGAAUUAUUGCAGUGAGUGAGCAGAGCUACAACACAGCUCUGAUGCAGCUGCAGGAAGACGAGAGUGAACAGGAAAAUGAAGCUGAGGACUGA